UGUGGAAGAAGUGGAAGACAUCAAAAAUUGUCCAAGGCAGAGUGCAAUAGGAUGAUUAUAUCUGGAAAGGCAAACAUUGAAUCUUCAAUCAUAUAUUUCCAAUGAAAAAUCAGAAGGUAAAAAAUAAAGCUCUACAUUGGUGGAAAAUAGGAAGAUAGCGAUCCUUACAUUUACACUCUCGUGCGCAUGGUGUCGCUCUUCACUGGAACUCUUCUGCAGAGAAAGCUACCGUUUCUUCCUCCAGAAAAUUUGCCAGCUCUCGGGAAAUCAGUUGCAAAUUCUCUUCCAGUAGGACGUCAUAAAAACUGGUCCUUGCGAGGCAUUUUCAGGCAAAAUAUUUUAUAUACUGUAGCCUUUUGAGCGUACCAUGCUGUUUUCCUGGCAAAGAAGCCAAAGAUCCCGGCGUCUGCUGCUCUCCUGGCUGCUCCUCCCCGCGCUCUGGGCGGCCGGGCGCGGGCAGCUGCGCUACGCGGUCCCCGAGGAGGCCCAGCACGGCACGUUCGUGGGCCGCCUCGCGCAGGACCUGGGGCUGGAGCUGGCGGAGCUGGUGCCGCGCCUGUUCCGGGUGGCGUCCAAGGAGCGCGGGGAGCUGCUGGAGGUGAACGUGCAGAAUGGCAUUUUGUUUGUGAACGCGCGGGUGGACCGGGAGGAGCUGUGCGGGCGGAGCGCGGAGUGCAGCCUCCACCUGGAGGUGAUCGUGGACAGGCCGCUGCGGGUGUUCCACGUGGAGGUGGAGGUCGAGGACAUUAAUGACAACCCGCCAGUAUUUCCUGAAAGGAACAAAAGCAUAAUCAUUGCAGAAUCCAGCCCUCCAGAAACGAGAUUUCCACUAGAUGGCGCAUCUGAUGCAGAUAUUGGAGUAAAUGCGGCCUUGACUUACCGACUAGAUCCCAACGACUAUUUUGCUUUGGACCCACCGAACAAUCGUGAGCAAAUGUCUUCGUUGUCACUAGUGUUAAAGAGAACAUUAGACAGAGAGGAAAUUCAGGAACAUAGUUUGUUAUUGACAGCCACUGAUGGAGGUAAACCCGAGCUCACCGGCACAGUUCAGCUGCUGGUCACCAUUGCCGAUGUGAAUGACAAUGCCCCAGAAUUUGAUCAACGCAUUUAUAAAGUGAGAGUGUUGGAGAACGCAUUUAAUGGGACCUUGAUAAUCAAACUCAAUGCCACGGAUCCUGAUCAGGGCACAAAUGGAGACAUAGUCUACUCCUUUAGAAGACCUGUAUCUUCGGCCGUGCUACGUGCAUUUGACAUUAAUCACUACAGUGGAGAAAUUAGGACAAAAGGCAAACUGGAUUUUGAAGAAAAAAGGUCUUACGAAAUUCCCAUGGAAGCAAGGGAUAAAGGAAACAUUCCAAUGACAGGUCACUGCACUCUUUUGGUGGAAGUACUAGACAUAAACGACAAUGCACCGGAGGUAACGAUCACUUCUCUCUCACUCCCUGUGAGAGAGGAUGCGCCCGUGGGCACCGUGAUCGCCCUGGUGAGCGUGUCCGACCGCGACGCCGGCGCCAACGGGCAGGUGAGCUGCUCGCUGCCGCCACACCUGCCCUUCAAGCUGGCGUCCACCUUCAGGAACUACUACUCCCUGGUGCUGGACAGCGCCCUGGACCGCGAGGCCACCGCGGGCUACCAGGUGGUGGUGACGGCGCGGGACGGGGGCUCGCCCCCGCGGUGGGCCACGGCCAGCGUGUGGGUGGAGGUGGCCGACGUGAACGACAACGCGCCCGUGUUCGCGCAGGCCGAGUACACGGUGUCGGUGCGCGAGAACAACGCGCCCGGCGCGCACAUCUGCACGGUGAGCGCGCGGGACGCGGACGCGCAGGAGAACGCGCGCGUGUCCUACGCGCUGGUGGAGCGGCGCGUGGGCGAGCGCGCGCUGUCGAGCCUCGUGUCGGUGCACGCGCAGAGCGGCCGCGUGCACGCGCUGCAGCCGCUGGACCACGAGGAGCUGGCGCUGCUGCAGUUCCAGGUGAGCGCGCGCGACGCCGGCGCGCCUGCGCGGGGCAGCAACGCCAGCCUGCAGCUGUUCGUGCUGGACGAGAACGACAACGCGCCGGCGCUGCUGGGGCCGGCCGGGGGCGGGGCGCGGAGCCACGCGCUGGCGCGCUCGGCGGGCGCGGGCCACGUGCUGACCAAGGUGCGCGCGCUGGACGCGGACUCGGGCUACAACGCGUGGCUGGCGUACGAGCUGCAGCCGGCGGCGGCCGGGGCGCGCAGCCCGUUCCGCGUGGGGCUGUACACGGGCGAGAUCAGCACCACGCGCGCCCUGGACGAGGCGGACGCGCCGAGGCAGCGCCUGGUGGUGCUGGUGCGGGACCACGGCGAGCCCGCGCUCACGGCCACGGCCACGCUGCUGGUGUCGCUGGUGGACGGCGCUCCGUCGCCGAAGCUGUCUGCGCGCGCGUCGGCGGGCCGCGUGGGCGCGGAGGCGUCGCCGCUGGACGUGAACGCGUCGCUGAUGGUGGCCAUCUGCGCGGUGUCCGGCCUGCUGGUGCUGACGCUGCUGCUGUGGGGGGCGCUGCGGUGCUGCGGGGCGGCGCGGAGCGAGGGCGCGUGCGCGCCGGGGAAGCCGGUGCUGGUGUGCUCCAGCGCGGUGGGGAGCUGGUCCUCGUGCCGGCAGAGGAGGCCCGGGCUGUGCUCCGCCGAGGGCCCGCCCAAGGCCGACCUCAUGGCCUUCAGCCCGGGUCUGACUCCUCUGGGUUCAGCCGAGGAAACAUGUCAGCGGGAAGGGGACGUUGAGCACCUGAAAGAGGUAAGUUUGAGUAUUUAA